GUGACUGGAGAACUUUUAAACUGGACCACCCACCUGUGCGUUCCACAUGCGAUUGUUUGCUUGUGACUUUCAAACCGCAUUGUAAAUUCGCAAUUAUCUAACAGCGAUUUCAGUGUAAAUACAAUUCGGGCACGUCGAAGUGAUAAUUUCGGAUUCGCGUCGCGAAGAGAUUAGAUUUGAGCACCCGGCGACGACGACCAUGGCCUGAUACACCAGAUUGCCCGUGAAUCUAGGCAAUAUAUUGAGCUUCACCUGUCCAGAUGCAGAAAGGCCCAGCUAACGGCAUCCCACUUCAGUGUUUCACGUAAGAGCUUGCGCCGCUGAAUCUCGUUGCGUAGCGCACGUUACGUCAGUGACCGUUACGAAAUUUCGAAAAUGAAGGAGUGGCUGAAGAUCUCCUGCCUCCUCUGUGUCUUUGGCUGCAUCCGCGAGAUCCGUCCGUCGGAGCCCUACGUCACGGAGUACCUGCUGGGUCCCUGGCGGAAUAUCACGGAGCAGCAGCUAACGCACGAUGUUUACCCAGUGGGAACCUAUUCCUACCUGGUGCAGUUGGUCUUUGUAUUUCUCAUAACAGAUUUUCUCAGAUACAAGCCGCUGAUCAUCACAAUUGGAGCUGCGGGUGUGAUAAUAUGGAGCAUGCUCAUCUGGACCACCAGCUUGCUGUCGCUUCAGAUCCUGGAGUUCUUCUUCGGCACUUACAUGGCCGCAGAGGUGGCCUACUAUACGUACAUCUAUGCCAAAGUGGACAAGAAAUACUAUGCCAGAGUGACCUCCCACACCCGAGCAGCCAUGUUUGCAGGCAAACUGGUUUCCGGCAUCACUUCCCAACUUAUGCUCAAUCUGGAGCUGAUGAACUACAAGGAGCUUAACUAUAUAACGCUGGGCACUCAGAUUAUAGCCAUGCUUUGGGCCUUUGGCCUGCCCCGCGUGGAUAGGAGUCUUUACUUUCAUCGGGAGCAGUUGUCCAUUACGGAGCCGCAGACUCAGCUACCCGGGGUGGGAAACCUGGCUGAGAUGGAUCAGCAGCAGGAGAAUACUCAGAAGCAGCCAGGAGCACUGAGCCUUCUUUGGCUACAUUUUCGGAAUGCAUACACCAAUCCGCGAGUCGUUCAGUGGAGUCUGUGGUACGCCAUUGGACUGGCUGGUUACCUGCAGGUCACUUACUACGUUCAGGUUCUGUGGAAAGUGAUCGAACCGGAGCCUGUUAUUGCGUGGAACGGCGCCGUUGAUGCUGUCCUGACAGCUCUGGCUGCUCUAAGUGCUUUGGCCGCUGGUUAUCUGCACACCGGAAGGCUCAGACCGCGAGCAUCUCUUCUGAUCCUGGGCAUUCUGUCCGCCGUGGAGGGCGGAUGUGUGCUGAUCUGUUGCUGGACACAGGACAUCUACUGGUCGUAUGCGGGCUUUGUGCUCUUCGGCGCCCUCUACGGCUUUACCAUCACGGUGGCGAGUGCUGAAGUGGCCAGAAAUCUGGAGGAGGAAAGCUUCGGCCUUGUCUUUGGUGUGAACACCUUUGUGGCCCUCAUUUUCCAGUCACUGUUAACCAUAAUCUUUGUCACGGACACUGGUUUUGAGCUCGAUCCCGUUGGCCAGUACACGGCGUAUGCAUUCUAUUUUAUUGGCGUCGGCGUCUUGUAUCUGAUAUCCGUGCUGAUUGAGUACUUAAUGUGCCGCAACAACGACGUCGAAAAGCUGGAAAAUUCACUGGAUUGAGUUCCGAGGCAUUUAGAUAGUACUUAAGGUGAAAACACAACACGUUACUUAAAGAAAGACUGGUUCCUGUGCGUGAACUACCAUAAUAUGGUAUUCGUGCGAUGGUCGAUUGUAUUCCCAGAAUAUUUAGGUCAUCUUUUUAUUACCAAUCUGUUGGCGAUUCUUAGUAUUUAGUAGAAAUUUCCAUUUAUAGAGCGCGUGUAAUCAGUCUCAAGUGUGCAGGAAUAAAGAUACCGAGUUUUAGUAUAGAAU